AUGUUCUCAUCCGCCAUAACCCAACUAUUCUCGCUCCGCACCUCAUCCCACCAAAUCCCCGCCUUUGCAACCUUCCCAAACACCUCCCUCCUCGGCCAUCCGCUUAUCAUCUACCACUCCGCCUUCUCCCCCGCUUCUGCUACCGCCACAUCUGUCGAAAAGCAUCUGCGAAAAGUAGGCGUGGUAGAGCCAAGAUGGAGGUAUACAAUGUACAGACAACAUCAUUAUCAUUCGACGACGCAUGAGGUGCUGGUGGUCACGAACGGCGGAGCGAGGUUGUGCUUUGGAGGUCCGCCGGAGAAGGCUAAUGAGGGGAGGGUAGAAGUGAGAGUGAGAAGAGGUGAUGUGAUGAUUGUACCUGCUGGCGUGAGCCAUGCGUUGAUGGAAGAUGAGGGAAAGUUUGAGAUGGUGGGUAGUUACCCGAAAGAAGCUGAGAGCUGGGAUAUGUGUACGGGCCAAGAGGAGGAAAGGGGUGAGGCUUGGGAUACGAUACGAGGGUUGAAAUGGUUCGAGAAAGAUCCGAUAUAUGGGGAUGAGGGCCCUGUUUUGAGCAGCAAAGAUGAUAAGGAAUGA